AUGUUCAGGCGGGUGCAGACCAUAGAGUACGCCCACUCGGAGCGUGCUCGCGAGCUGGAGGCCAAGUCGGUGGGAGGCAAGCUCUCUCUCGAGGAGCAGCAUACCUUUGGCUCCCUAGUGAGGCAAGCUGGCACCCUCAUGAUUGCGCCGUCGUUGUUGGACCAUGUGAAACAAGAAGUCGAGAAUCGAGAAGGAUGCCCAAUUGUCAAAGAAUCUUCGGAAGGCGCGGGAAGAACGCGGCAUCAAGAGCUCCCUUUCCCGCUGGGGACGAACGUCGUGUGCCCAGGGACAUUUUUCCUUUGCCGGCGCGUCAAGCGCCGCCUGGAGCGGAACUGGCAUCGCGCUUCGCUAGCGGCUUUGGCACACAUACGGAAUUCAGUGCACCUUUUGGGAGCGCCCGAGGAGGCGCUUUGUCGUCGAGAGGCGCUUCGGCAGCUUCAGGCCUUGGACGGGUACGGGGAGGACCAAACCCCGCCACUCGUCGCCUCUUACGAGCCCAGCCUCUUGAGUUUGCCGACGGGGGAGGUGCCACCGGUGCCUCUUCAUGAGCUGUUGGGGGGCGAUGGGAUGAAAGUCGUUGAGGAUUUCGUCUCAACUCGGCUUUUGCAUAGGAAUGACGCCCUGCGCAAUUUGCACGGGACAGGGCUGGCUGAUGGAGGGCGGAUGGUGGAGAUUACGGACAUGGAGCCGCAAGAGAAGGUGGAAGUCUUCUUUGUGCGAAAGAAGGAUGGCAGGCUUCGGAUGGUGGUGGACUGCCGGCGAUCAAACGAGUGGUUCGCCGCGCCCGAUAAGGUCAACUUGGCGACCGCCGAGGUGCUUAGCCGCAUUGAUCUUGGAGGCGUGGAAGGUGAGCUCUACAUUGCCACGGCAGAUUUGAAGGACGCCUUCUACCAUUUCGAACUGCCCUCCGAGCUUCGGCCUUACUUUGGCAUGAGGACUGUGUCGGCAGGUGACCUUGGAAUCAAUAUGAUCGGCGGGAGGCCGGUCAAGUCUACUACUCUGCUGCAUCCGCGGUUGAAAGUGCUGCCGAUGGGGUGGUCCCACGCCUUGUGGUGGUGCCAGACGAUACACCAGCGGAUUGUAUCACAAGUUGGGGCGACUGCGAGCAGGUCCUUGGAGGAUCGCGCGGCCGUUCCGGCUCCACAGUGUAUGCACUUGGAAUAUGUGGGCAAUUUCGUCUGCUUGGGCACCUCGAAAGCGGAGGUAGAGACCCUUGCGGCUGCAGGGGUGCAGGCCUUGAGGGAUAGGGGUUUAGUCGUUCACGAGGAUGAGAGCGCCCAGGGCAACAUCAAUGUUUUGGGUUGGUCUUUCGAAGGGAAGAAGCUUCGCCCCCUACCUCAUCGAGUCUGGCAGCUGGAAAAGGUGAUCGGUCAUGCAACCUUUAUUGCACUAGGUCGGAGAGAAGCUUUAUCUGUUUUCGGGGAGUGCUAUUCGUUUAUUCGGACCCACUACUUGAGCAGUCAUCGUAUCUGGCCUAGCGUGAGACGGGAGCUGAACAUCUGGAUUGCAAUCGCACCUCUUCUUUGGAGAGACUUGGGGACCCCUUGGGCGCCGGAGGUCACUGCCGUCGAUGCCUCAACAUGGGGCUUGGGAGCGGUGGUCGCUCAGUUCUCAGACGAAGAGGUGCAGCAGCUGGGUAAGUAUUCCGAGCGGUGGCGUUUCGAGAUACCGGAAUACAGCUGUCCUCGAGCGAGUGUGCUGGAGCCUGCAAGUGGUGAUGAGCCUGACGAGGUCCGGAGCUAUCAAUGGGCCCAUGCGCGAAGCGAGAGCUACAAGGUCAGGCCGGUUCCCAUGUCGGUGGUAGAAGGCAAGCUGCUUUCUGAGAAAUUUAAGCCGGUUGGAGCUGGAGCCGUUGAUAGAAAGUGGAAGGUUGUCGGCCCAUAUAAGUGGAAGCGACAAGAGGGGAUGCCCGUGUUGGAAGGGAUGGUGGUUCACAAGCACAUCCCCAUGCCGAAGGUGGGAGCAAGGACGCCAAAAGCAGGGAAGCCGCGGCCCACUUCAAAGACAUCGCCGAAGGCACAGACCCAGGCGCAGGCGAGGACCAAAAUCAGGGAAGAGUUCGGCACGCUGGCGGAAGCAUCGGUGAGUCGGGCGUGCAGGGACAGUUACAGCAAGCUGUGGAGGCGAGUGUGCACAUCGGCAGGCUUGCAGGUGACGGAAAAGUACGCGGCGAUGGACCUCGAUUUGCCGGUGAGCCAGACUCUCGGGGACAUGUUCGACGAGGGGGAGGACCUGAGCCAGGACCAAUACCUCGUCGCAGCUGUGCAGUUCUACCAGCCCCAUCUUCGAAAAUUCGAGGAGCUCGCGGAGGGCUGGAUUUGGCAAGGCAGUCGCUGGCUGGGUGGCGGCGGUUGGCCGGGGGAGGUGUUGAAGCUACAUGUGAGAGAUCUGGUGCCGCCCGCGGGUUCGACCCAUGUGUGGUCUCUGAUCCUUCACCCAGUGGAGCGGGAAACGCCUUCGAAGACGGGGGAGUUCGACGAGACAAUCCUGUUCGAUCUUCCGGACAUACAGUGGGUGGCCGAGCAAUGUUUCAGGCUUCUGAAACUGGGAAAUCCGUGCAAGGGUGUGUGGCCUGCCCUGAGCGUGCCGCCAUCAAAGUGGCCCAAAACCAGGGUCUACAUCGAGAUUUUCGCCGGUUCAGGGGCCUUGGGCGCCACUCUUUGGCAAAAAUGUGGUGGCCUUGUGUUGCUUUGGGACAUCAACCUUGGCGCUGACUACGAUCUGCGCAAUCCUGUGCAGCGACAAAGAAUCUGUGGCUGGGUGCGGUCCGGGCUGGUUGCGGGCAUCCAUUUGGGCAUGCCUUGUGAAAGCUUUUCUCGUGCUCGUGACGUGCGCCCAGGUCCCCCUCCUAUUCGAAGCAAUAUGCAUCCAUUAGGUUUGCCUGGCCUCCGGCCUGCCGAUCAACUCAAAGUCGAGCUGGGCAACCUCUGGAUGCGUUUCUCGGUGAAGGUUCUGUCGCUGUGUUGGCACAUGCGAGUGCCGGCCACCCUUGAAAAUCCGCUGACGUCCAGACUGUGGUUGUGUCCGCCCAUCCAGCAGCUUCUUCGCAAACCACUCGUGGGACAGUGGACUACGCACUACUGUGCCUCGGGCCGGCCCUUCAAGAAGCCUACCUCCUUUGUCGGCGUGCACGUCAAUCUCAGCUUCUUGGCCGUGCACACGUGUCAUAGCAAGCGAGUCUGCCAGUACACUGGCGACCGGCACGUGCCUCUGCAAGGGCAAACACAUUCAUCAGGGCAAUGGCGCACCAAGUGGGCUGAGCCUUACCCGCCGCGCAUGUGUCGUGCCAUUGCCAGCGCAUUUUACAAUUCCGAGGUUGCAACUAUGGCAAGAAGGUUUGAGCAAUGCUAUGCUCGGUCCUAA